AGGGGCCACAAGAGGGCACUGCUCCCUUCAGGUGGUGGCUCCACACAAAUUCAUCUUCCCUUUCUGAGCACAUCUCAGCCUGUGGCAUGAUCUUGUAGAGCAGUUUGUCCUGCUUAACACACGAUUUGGAUCAAGAAACUAGAGAAACAGCCCUCUCAGCUUUGGUGUAUCCCUGAACAAGACCUUCCACUGCUUCUCAGCCGGCCAUGCUGUGGGCUUCCUGCUCAGGACUUGUGAUCUUAUUGAUAUUCAGAGGGACCGAUGGAGACUCGGUGACCCAGACGGAAGGCCCAGUUACCCUGCCUGAGGGGGAAGCUCUGACCUUGAACUGCACUUACCAGAGCAACUAUGCAGCCUUCCUUUUCUGGUAUGUUCAGUUUCAAAAUAAAGAGCCUGAGCUGCUCCUGAAAAGCUCAUCGGAAACCCAGGAGACGGACGGCAGAGGUUUCCAGGCCAAUAAUAACAAGAGUGACAGCUCCUUCCACCUGAAGAAACCCUCAGUGCAGCUGUCAGACUCGGCUGUGUACUUCUGCGCCAUGAGAGGCACGGUGAGAGGGGCUGAGGGGGGAGCCCUCCACAAACCCUGCGGGCGCAGGUGGGGCCUGGGUGUGCCCGGCCUUCAGGAGGGGGCGUUAUUUCCUCUUUCCGUGGUGUCCUAUGCUGGGGGCUUCUUCCAACUACUUCCAGCUCUGAUCCUUCAGAGCCAAGGAAAAGUGGAGUUCUUGGAUUACUCUCCAGAGAGGAAUUGGAGGGGAUACGAUUUCAUGGUUGUUAUGUUUACAUUUGAAGAAAAACCUAAUGCAAUAUUACAAGCUGUGGUUUAUGCAAAUGACAGUCAUAACAGUCGUUUGCAAUAUCUACAUAUUGAAGCCAAAAAACUCAGUCAUCAUCUUCUGUGUUCUUGA